ACAAGUUUGUCAUCUAAUUCUGCAGCAUAAAGUAGCAAAGUCUUGCAGGCCACAAUGCAAAACUUUGCAGAAUCUCAUCAACUUUCAGUUAUGUGUUCUUCUUAUUCAUCUAAUGUUGAUGUCUUUGACACUGGCAAGUACACCGCCAAGCUGCUAAGGGUUGAAUCUGAAUCAGAAUCAUAUACACACAACAACAAUUUUCCACCACCACCAAAGUCUCUCUUGAUUGCCACUCCUCUUGAAGGUGGAGAUUUCCCUCUUCUGCUGUUUCUGCAUGGCUAUCUUCUUUACAAUUCAUUUUACUCCCAGCUAAUACAACAUGUUGCUUCUCAUGGUUUCAUUGUCAUUGCCCCUCAGUUGUACACAGUGGCUGGACCUGAUACAAGUGAUGAGAUUCAUUCUGCAGCUGCAAUAACAAACUGGCUCUCUGAAGGACUCUGCAAGUUUCUUCCACCAAAUGUAAGACCAAAUUUGAGCAAGUUAGCACUUGCUGGCCAUAGUCGCGGAGGAAAAACAGCGUUUGCUCUUGCUCUAAGAAAACUAAACAUCACAACUAAUCUCAAGUUUUCAGCCUUAAUAGGAGUGGAUCCAGUUGAUGGAAUGGACAAAGGAAAGCAAACCCCCCCACCUGUUCUCACCUAUGUUCCUAACUCAUUUGAUUUUGAUAUGGCAGUGAUGGUCAUAGGUUCAGGUCUAGGUGAAGUGAAAAGGAAUCCUUUGUUUCCUCCUUGUGCACCUAAGGGUGUCAACCAUGAAAACUUCUUCAAUGAGUGUAAGAAACCUGCUUGGUAUUUUGUGGCAAAGGAUUAUGGCCACUCUGACAUGCUAGAUGAUGACACCAAGGGAAUUAGGGGGAAAGCUACCAACUGUCUAUGCAAAAAUGGAGAGUCAAGGAAACCUAUGAGAAGGUUUGUUGGAGGAGUCAUUGUUGCAUUCUUGAAAGCUUACUUGCAUGAUGAUAAUGAGGACUUGUUGACCAUAAGAGACAGGCAUGUGAGUCUACCAGUGGAGAUCAAAUUUGAUUCUUUUCUGUGAAAAUCAGAGAAGAUGGUGGGGAGCAUAUAUUUCUGUUAUUAUCAUGACACAUAUGACUGAACUUUUCAGUUACACAUACACAUGCAUUAGAUUAAAGUUACAGGUGAAGUGCAUCAUGUGCAAGAUAUUAAUAAAGUGUCCCUUUUUUGUUGUUGCAUGUAGGCUAUUUCUGGAAGACAUUAAAACCAUUGACCAUAGAUGAUUGUACUUGAAGUAAUAUCGCAACUCUUUUACUUUAAAUAAAAGUUUGAAGAGGUGCCAGAGGUCAUCAGCAUAGUAAAUGAAUACUUUUUUUAAAA